UUUCUCCCUACAGAACCUACAGCGCAUCCUUAUUCUGUGUUUCUACCUCGCUCACUUCGUUGUUAUUUCUCCCUACAGAUCCUACAGCACAUCCUUAUCCCGUGUUUCUACCUCGCUCACUUCGUUGUUAUUUCUCCCUACAGAACCUACAGCGCAUCCUUAUUCUGUGUUUCUACCUCGCUCACUUUGUAUUUAUUUCUCCCUACAGAUCCUACAGCACAUCCUUAUCCCGUGUUUCUACCUCGCUCACUCCGUUGUUAUUUCUCCCUACAGAACCUACAGCGCAUCCUUAUUCUGUGUUUCUACCUCGCUCACUUCGUUGUUAUUUCUCCCUACAGAUCCUACAGCACAUCCUUAUCCCGUGUUUCCACCAGGUGUUUGAGGGUGGUGACGGUGAGAAACUGAUUGGCGGGCCCCCAGCUCCAGACCAGGACAACAUGGAGAAUAUCAUCAGUGUCUUUAUCAACAAAAUCAUCGACCCCGACAACCCAUUUGGGACGUCCGAUGCCGUCAGGAUACUCUUACUUCAGCUGUCGUCGCUACUGGUGGAGCAGGCGUCAUCUCACAUACACGACGCUGCUAAUAAGAAACAAGGGAACAAACUCCGCUGACUGAUGACCUUCGCCUGGCCUUGUCUGCUGUCCAAAAAAUGUGUCGACCCGGCCACAAAGUACCAUGGCCACCUUCUACUGUCGCAUAUCAUUACUAAGUUUGCCAUCCACAAGCCAAUCGUUCUUCAGGUGUUUCACAGUUUACUAAAGGCACAUGCUGUAGAAGCACGCACUGUUGUGAGACAGGCCCUCGAGAUCCUCACACCAGCCAUGCCAGGACGCAUGGAGGACGGAAAUGGAAUGUUGACCCACUGGACUAAGAAGAUCAUCGUAGAGGAGGGACACACAGUAGCUCAGCUUGUCCACAUACUACAAUUAGUGGUACGUCAUUUUAAAGUGUACUACCCAGUCCGCCAUCAUCUAAUCCCACACAUGGUCAACUCUCUACAUAAACUCAGCUUCACUUCAAGUGCGUCUAUUGAGCACCGUAAGCUGGCAGUAGACUUGGCUGAGGUAGUCAUUAAAUGGGAGAUACAGAGGAUCAAGGACAACCAGGAUCCGUCGUUUGUAGAACUAGCCGGACAGGAACUGAGUCAAGCUCUAACCCAGAACCUCCCAGUUAAACGAUCAACAUCUGACUCGCCUCAGGAGGCCAAGAGAUCACGUCACUCCUCAGGAGCGAGUACACGGAGUCAGUCGGACCUUACUAAGCCCAUUGAGAAGAAUUACUGUGAUGCUGUUGUGAAUUUCUUACUGCGAAUAGCAUGUCAGGUAAAUGAGACACCGGGAUCCCCGGGAGAAAUUUUAUCUCGGCGAUGUGUUGGAUUACUGAAGAUGGCGCUACGCCCUGAUAUCUGGCCGAGCACCGAGCUGAAACUUGUCUGGUUUGAUAAGUUAUUGACAACUGUUAAGAACCCUCUACCUAAUUUCAACAAUAUCUGUACCGCCCUGGAGCUGUUGAGUUUUCUUCUCACAAUACUGAAAAAGGAGACAAUUCUGACAAGCUUUAAACCCCUCCAGCGUGGGAUAGCUGCCUGUAUGACGUGUCCUAACACCAAAGUUAUACGGGGUGUACACAGUCUACUGUCCCGUCUCAUGAGCUUUUUCCCCACGGAGCCUGUCACCUCCAAUGUGGCCUCCAAGUAUGAAGAACUGGAAUGUUUAUAUGCCUGUGUCAGCAAGGUUGUGUACGAGGGACUUACGAAUUAUGAAAAGGCGUCAACUGGCUCUCCGUCUCAACUGUUCAGCACACUGAUGAUCCUGAAGGCGGCCUGUAUGCACAAUCACUGUUACAUAGACAGACUCAUCACAACAUUCAUGAAGGUUCUACACAAGAUGGCGCGAGAACACCUGGUCCCCACCUCCCCCGAAUCUAGUCCAGUUGCCAGUGAGCUGAUGAUUCUGAGUCUUGACCUGGUGAAGAACAGGGUCGGGGUGAUGAGUCUGGAGAUGAGAAAGAGCUUCAUCGGACAAAUCCUUGUUGGUCUCAUUGAGAAGACGACUGAUGCCAAAGUGAUGAAAGCUAUUACUAAAAUGGUGGAGGACUGGGUCAAAACCAAGACACCUAUAGCUAUUAACCAGUCGCCCAGUAUCCGAGAAAAAGCCAUACUGUUGGUGAAACUUAUGCAGCAUGUGGAGAAACGGUUCCCUGACGAACAAGAACUGAACGCCCAAUUCCUGGAACUAGUCAACUAUAUCUACCGUGACGAAAGCCUCAGCGGCACAGAGCUAACAUCCAAACUGGAGUCCGCCUUUCUCAGUGGUCUACGCUGUAACCAACCCACUAUCAGGCACAAAUUUGUUGAGGUAUUUGAGAAUUCAAUUCCACGCCGGAUGUUUGACCGUCUCCUCUAUAUCACCUGUACACAAAACUGGGAGGCCAUGGGCACUCACUUCUGGAUCAAACAGUGUGUGGAGUUACUUCUGUCGGUGGCUAUGAAUGGCCACAGCAUCCAGAGCUCCUCGUCCCUGAACCUGUUACCAUCAGCCAGCUCCAUUGUGAAUUUAGCAGACAGCCAGGACCGUGCGGCCUUCCAGACCAUCAUGAAGAUGAAGGAAGAACCGAUGGAUGUAGAAUCCGUGGACUCCAACAAAGAGGAGGAGGAGAUAGACAUGGAGUUAAGUGGAGUGUCAUCAGACGAGAGUAUUCCCAAGGAACCGCCCAAAAAGGAGAACCUGGACCCUCGUCAGAACAUCAAUACUCUGUUACAGCGUCAGGCGAAAUUCCUAGAGAGUUGUCGCGAGGUCAAGACUGUGUCGUAUCUAAAUGCCCUGUCCCAGCUGUGCCACACCUCCACAGACCUGGGCCACGCCUCCUGGGUGGACUCUUUUCCACAGAUCUGGAAAAUUCUCUCCGACAAACAACAACAGAUGUUAGGAGGAGAGCUGAUACCGUUUAUGUGUAGUGGAAGUCAUGUUAUACAGAAAGACUGCCAUCCAUCUUCUAUACACACAUUCCUGGAGGGACUGUCCCACUGUGUCCCCCCGGUACACAUACGUCCCUGUGUCCUCAAGUACCUGGGUCGGACCCACAAUCUAUGGCACAGAGCCUGUCUCCAACUGGAACAGAUUGCAUUUGAGAAUAGUCCAAGUCUUCAGGUGAAAAACCGUCCGGUCAGCGAGUACGAGUUUGAACCGGUCACUUCCCCACAACAGGAGACAUUGGACGGCCUCUGUGAGCUCUACUCUCUACUCAAAGAAGAAGACAUGUGUGCUGGUCUGUGGCAGAAACGAGCCAAGUUUGCUGAGACAAACAUUGCUCUAUCUUAUGAACAACAUGGCUUCUUUGAACAGGCUCAGGCCUCUUAUGAACAGGCGAUGAGUAAAGCACGUUCUGACCACAACUCCGGCCCUGCAUCCCCGUCCGUCCUGCCUGAGUACCGACUGUGGGAGGAGCGUUGGAUACGGUGCUCUAAGGAGCUGAACCAGUGGGACCUAUUGAAGGAGUAUGCCGGGGCCAAGGGUAACACCAAUCCUCACCUUGUCCUUGAGAGUGCCUGGCGGGUCCCUAACUGGGCGCUCAUGAAGGAUGCCCUAGCUCAGGUCGAGUUGUCCUGCCCAAAAGAAAUGGCCUGGAAGGUUAACCUGUAUCGCGGAUACAUUGCCAUAUGUCAACCUGAUGACCACCAUCUCAACACUGUCACCAUGAUUGAGAGACUGGUAGAGGUGUCCAGUAACCUGGCUAUCAAGGAAUGGCGACGUUUGCCCAGCAUUGUUUCUCAUAUCCAUGUUCCCCUGUUACAGGCCGCUCAACAAAUCAUGGAGUUACAGGAGGCUGCCCAGAUAAACCAGGGACUCCAGCCGGCCAACAUCACCCGCAGCUCCAGUCUCCACGACAUGAAGGCCAUUGUCAAAACAUGGAGAAAUCGUCUGCCGAUGAUCUCCUGA